UCGGACCCAGACCACUGACGGAGCGCCGGGUUCCUGCGGUGGCUCCAGCGCGAGGCUGCGCGGUCGUGGGUGGCUCGGGGAGUUCGGCAAAAAAGAACAAGUUUAGUCGUCAACAAAAAUAUUCACCGUCGUCAAUAUCAUCGCCCGUUGUCUGUUCACCGCUGGAUGAGACCCCGUCGGCGACAUUCACGCUCCAGUGCUGCUGCCAUUCCCACAGGGCUUGCUUGACAAUACUCCACCAGGCGGGCUCGUGAAGGGAGUUUUAAUGUCCACUUAGAUCGGUAAGGAUUUAUUUAUUUUGUGCCAUUAGCUUCGCCUGCAACUUGACCUGCAACGCUGAACGAUUCGUCUUCGUUCAUCGGCAGUGCUCAAGCACGGGUCGCGAGUUCGAUGGUUGCGUAAGGCAGCUGGCGUGAGUCCUCCCCUAAACACGGCACAAGCACGUGCCCUCGAGCACCCGUCUGACCAACCAGCUCCUCCGGCACGAUGGACGCUCUGCGCGCCGCAGGGGUGCAGGUCACGGUGCUAUUACAGGACUGGCUCGAGGGCAUCCACGAGGUGAUGCACCUCAUGUCCAGCCUGGGCGACAUCCGCAGCGCCUACUUGCUCUACUUCCCCAUCUGCUACCACCUGGCGCCACGGAUCGCCGCAAGGCUGGUGUGGGCUGCCGUGGUCGGAGACUGGAUCAACAUGAUUCUCAAGUGGGUCAUCUCGGGCCAGAGGCCGUACUGGUGGGUGCUCGAGACGCAGUACUACGGGGACGCCGCUCCUCCUCAUCUCAACCAGUACCCCAUCACCUGCGAGACCGGCCCAGGUACACCAUCCGGACACGCAAUGGGCUCUGCGUGCGUGUGGUACGUGAUGGUGACGGCCGCUCUGGAGAGCGACCUGUGCACCAAGCGGAAACCCUUCUCGGAUCACAGGCGGCUGUGUCGCGUUGCCCUCUGGCUGCUCUUCUGGUUCAUCCAGAUCAACGUGUGCGUCUCCAGGGUGUUCGUUGCCACGCACUUCCCGCACCAAGUCAUCCUCGGACUGCUGGGCGGAAUCCUCGUUGCCGAGGCGUUCGGCCGCGUGCGCCUCAUCCACGGCGCGCGGCUGCACGCGCACGCCGCCCUCUGCGCGCUGCUCCUGCUGGUGGCCAUCCUCGUUCACGACGGCGCCGCGCGCCUCGCCCACGUCGACCUCGACUGGUCGGUGGAGCUCGCGCGCAAGCGCUGCCUCCGCGCCGAGUGGGUCCACGUGGACACGACCCCCUUCGCCGGUCUGGCCCGGGGGCUGGGCGCGCUCUUCGGCCUGGGGUUGGGUCUCCACGUGCGCGACCGCUUCGUAACGGGAGCCUCCUCCGAGGUUGGCGAUGAGAAGGAGGAGGAGAGGGUGGCGGCGGCAUCGCCGGCGUUUCAAGGCUGCUGCAUUGCCGCGUCACUGCUGGCCGUGCACGUCCUCGAGUGGAUCGUCCCCAUGCCCCAGAGGGCCGGUGGUCUCUUUUACUUUGUGGCCUUCUGCCGCAGCGUCCUGGGGCCCGUCGCCGUGGUGGCCGCGACGCCCUACUGCGUGCGCAUGCUGGUCGAGCCAUUGGCCAAAGUGAAGGGGUCCUGAUGGCCCAGGGGAUGAGGACCGGCCUUGUGUCUGAUCGACUUGAAUCGUAGCUCUUUUUCGUCGUUUUUUGUUUUUUUAUAACGUCAUCUUCUAUAUAUGCGCACCUUAAGGUAGGAUGUCUGUGAAGGAGGUUUUCAAGCGAGGGGUGCUGCUUUCAUGCGUUGAGCGUAACCGUGUAAUGGUCACGUGGAUGAUCGUUUUAGUUCUCGUAGUGUGGAAAUUGAUUGUAGUUGUGAUUUGCACAUUGCGCGCGUUAUUUUAAAUGCCUUGCAGAUGUCCUCUGCACCAUUUUGUCAUAUGUUAUUGUUACAUUUUCGUAAUCCAGGUCUGCCUUAAAAAAAAUAGACGUCUUGUCUCCAAGGGCUCUCACUUGAUUCAACGUGAAAGGCUACCGAGCCGCUGCAUGUAUAUGUUAAUAUUAAAAAAAACAAUAUUCCGCUUGCGCCUACACAAUUGCCACAGUCGUUGUUGAUCUUCUUGGUUCUUUCGGUAAAGUCACGUAGAAGGAAAAUAAUAAAAUAAUAAAAAUAAAACAUAAUAAAAUAAUUCUCACGACGUUUCGGCCACAACG